GCGGCAAAGUCGCCGGAAGCUUCGACAGGGACGCCGGGCUCUGUGAUUCCUGGGCAGAUGCAGAGCUUCCGUAUCUGCGUGCCUCAGCCAUAUCCUGGGGUGCAGAUUCGGAAGUCGCCGAACCUGGACGACAAGCACAACCGCUUCCUCCAGGAUGGAAAGUUCGUCACAGGCACCGUCGACAAGGAUGGACAGUGGGUGAGGCUCAGUGGCAAGCACUUCCUGCCUGUGAAGGUUGGUGGCAUCCAGGUUCUCCACCCAGUGGAGCCCCAGGACAUCCCGCCUAGGGCUUCACACUCGCCCAAGCCUGUCAGUGAGGAGGAGACGCCUGUGCGUCCGCAGCCCGCGCCUCCAGCUCCACUGCCGCCAGCGCCGGAGACAACGGGUUAUUGGCCGUGGACGUGCUGCACUGGACCGGCCGUGUCACUGGCCGUCAGUGAGUCAAACGAUCUCCACGUGCAUCCGCCGGAGAGUGCAACGGCGGGCGGCGAGUCUGGAAGCAACCUCCUGACACCCGUGGUGGUCUCUACUGGCGCUGGGCAGCAGGCUGGAUACGAUCGCGUCCCCGAACGACCG